AUGAAGACAACCAUACAGUAAUUGGAGGAAGAGAUAUAGGGAUUGAAGGGACAAAUAAAAAUGUGGGAAGAGAAGUAUGAGGAAUAAGAACGAAUCCACAAUAGAGAGAUAGUGUAGUUGAAGUGCAAUCUGGAUAAUUCCAUAUUCGAGGAUUAGCAUUGUGAUGGCAAUGAACUACAGGUUAUUUAAGAGGAGACUGAAUUUUAUCAAAAGAGUUUGGGUUAAUCACUUCUAGCUCCUUCCAAGAUAGAAACUAACAAUUUGUUGAAGAUUCUGGAUGAAAUUGAUAUGGAUGAUACGAUAGAUCUACAAUGUGAUUAGGAGACCUUCAUAGUAUAGAAAGUAACCAAAUUAGUAGAGAUGAUAAAGAAGAUGGAAUUGGAAUUGGAUGAUUGGAAAAGGAAUUAUUGGAUAUUGGAGAAGAAAUUAAAUCAGAUAUUGUUGUAACAAUAAGAUAAGCUACUGAAGUAGGGAUCUGAAGAGAUAGAGAUUGAAUUUGAUUUUGAUAAGAAGAAGAUCAUUACUAAGAAUCAAGGGAACAAGACUAGUAAACACAACGACGAAAUGUAGGUAUUGCUUGAGGAAAUUAAACGGCUGAAACAAUUAAAUGCAGAAUUGAUAUAAUAGCAAAAGUCCAUGACUAAAUAGAUGCUUGAGCAAUUGAUUAUUAAAUAAAUGAAGAGUGAUCCCAAAAACAGAUGUCUGACCUAAGUCAGUGAACCAGGAGUCAAGCAAUAACCAGUCAUUAGAAACAACAAUAGUCAGCAUUAUAAACAACUCAACAAAUCACCACAUGUUGAACCUCGCAAUCACUAUUUUAGUCAGUAUUUCCAAGCCCAAUAACAUCAUCAACAAUUAAGUAUGAAAGUAUAACCUCAAACUAAUAAUUUGAACCCUUAUCAAUCCAACCACUCAUAUGAACAACCAAAAACCUCAACUCCCACUAUGUAUGCAACUCCAGUUAUGAUGAAGUAUACAAAUGGAAGUCCGUUCAAUCAAGCAAAUAAAAUAUUACAAUUCUGA